UAAGUCUCGGGUCCGCCGCGGCCCAGAGCGAAUCCUCGCGAGCGCCGUGCGUGGCAGCACGGGGUUGCAGACGCGGCGGGAACGGCUCGGGCGUCCCGGGGAGCCUGGAACCGAGCCUGCCACUCGGGGCCGGCCAAGUUCUCGGUCGCGGCCGUGCGGCCAAUCAGCGUCCGCCGGGCCGGGCUCUGCCCCGCCCUCCGCGCACGGGGCCUGCGGCAGAGUCGCCGGCGCGGCCAGCUCCGGGUGCUGGGCGGUGACAUGGUGCGUGGCAGGAUCUCCAGGCUCUCGGUGCGGGACGUGCGCUUCCCCACGUCGCUGGGGGGCCACGGCUCGGACGCCAUGCACACAGACCCUGAUUAUUCGGCUGCGUAUGUUGUCUUAGAGACCGAUGCGGAAGACAGGCUCAAAGGGUAUGGAAUUACCUUCACUCUGGGAAAAGGCACGGAAGUUGUUGCCUGUGCUGUGAAUGCCCUCGCCCACCAUGUGCUUAACAAGGACCUCAGGGACAUCGUUGGUGACUUCAGAGGCUUCUACAGGCAGCUCACCAGUGAUGGGCAGCUCAGAUGGAUUGGUCCUGAGAAAGGUGUUGUGCAUCUGGCGACCGCGGCUGUUCUCAACGCUGUGUGGGACCUGUGGGCCAAGCAGGAGGGAAAGCCUCUGUGGAAGUUACUUGUUGACAUGGACCCCAGGAUGCUGUUAUCCUGCAUAGAUUUCAGGUACAUCACAGACGUCCUGACUGAGGAGGAAGCCUAUGGAAUACUGCAGAAAGGUCAAAUUGGCAAAAAAGAGAGAGAAAGGCAAAUGCUGAUGCAUGGCUACCCUGCCUACACGACAUCGUGCGCCUGGCUGGGGUACUCGGAUGACACGCUGAAGCAGCUCUGCACCGAGGCCCUGCAGGACGGCUGGACCAGGUUUAAGGUAAAAGUGGGUGCUGAUCUCCAGGAUGACAUCCGUAGGUGCCGACUCAUCAGAAACAUGAUUGGACCCGAGAAGACGUUGAUGAUGGAUGCCAACCAGCGCUGGGAUGUGCCUGAGGCAAUAGAGUGGAUGUCAAAGCUGGCUGAGUUCAAGCCACUGUGGAUUGAAGAACCCACCUCCCCUGAUGACAUUCUGGGACAUGCCACCAUUUCCAAGGCAUUGGUCCCACUAGGAAUUGGUGUCGCCACAGGAGAGCAGUGCCACAAUAGAGUCAUAUUUAAGCAGCUUCUCCAAGCGAAAGCCCUGCAGUUUCUCCAGAUUGACAGCUGCAGGCUGGGAAGUGUCAAUGAAAACCUCUCAGUGUUGCUGAUGGCCAAAAAGUUUGAAAUUCCCGUUUGCCCCCAUGCUGGUGGAGUUGGCCUCUGUGAAUUGGUACAGCACCUGAUUAUAUUUGACUUCAUAUCAGUUUCUGCAAGCCUUAAAAACAGGAUGUGCGAAUAUGUCGACCACCUGCAUGAACAUUUCAGGUAUCCAGUGACAAUCAAGAAGGCUUCCUACAUGCCUCCUAAGGAUGCUGGUUAUUCAACAGAAAUGAAGGAGGAAUCUGUAAAGAAACACCAAUAUCCAGAUGGUGAAGUCUGGAAGAAACUUCUUGCUGAUCAAAAUAAUUAAAUGUUCAGCCCCAAUACUCUUUCCUUUUUCAAGCGAAAAGGCUUAAAACUUUUUGGGUAUGGUUUUACAAAAACAGGAGGGUAAAAUCACCCUAGCAAUCAAAACAAAUUCAGCUGAAAGUCCUGUUAACCUCAGGAAUCAGCUCAGUCAUUAUUAUUACUUGAUUCUUUUAGCAAAUAAACACAUAUUCUCCUUAUUAAUCCUUAAACAAAUUUAGAUUUAACUCAAAAUCCAGAAAGAUGUUCUUACAAAAUUUCUAUCAAGUGCUGGUACCUAGACAUUAAACUGCACUUUGAAAAUAAGCAGGUUAUUUAAUUGUUGGAACAAUGCCUUAUUCUAUCUAACAUCUGUCAGAAAUUAGCAGGGUAAAAAAAUAGUCCUGCAGUGCCAUGUGUGUGUCACAGAGGUAACUGGUGUGUAACAAAGGUAAAAGGAUUUCACAGAUAAGCCCCGGAGUGGUUUAGCAUUUCUAUUCUUGCUCAGUCUAACUCUAUCAGUAGAGGAUUCACACGAUACUGAAACUAUGGCAGCAGUAAUGAGCAUAAAAAUGGCAUUUCAUGUAUUAUUUUUCCAUAACCCUUAAGUAAACCUUUAUCCUAAAUGGUCAUUAAAUGCUAAUGAUAAAAUGCAGCCAGAAUUAGAUGAAGUGCAGAAAAACAGGGCAAAAUACAGUCUAGUCAGCAUUUCUAAAAUAUACUAACCCUCUAAGCAGGAUCCAAACGAGAAUACAGCAUAUGUUUAUUUAGGAGGGUUCAGUUAAAUCUAUUUUAGGCAAGCAGUGAGCAGAAUGGCAAUACAGAAUAGAAAAAAUUAAAAAACAAAA